AUGGAAUCCGAACAGGAUAGUAUCGACAUCGCGAGGCUGAAACGCGUCGCGUUGGGUUUCGAGCAGGAGCAGGAGCCAUUACAGUCGGCAGCAAAUACCUCCCACGAUUCCCUCGUGAGAAGCAGACUGGAGGCCGUCGAAGGUAAUUUUUUUGCCGAUAUUGUACGGCCCAUUAGCCAGACCACGUCGAACCCCCCCAAGCUUGCUCCUCGAGUCCCUUCUUCCUCCCACAAGUAUGGUUCGGAUUUAGCAACUACCCAGAAGUCUUCGCCCUUCCGGAUGGAACAGUCAAAAAGAAUUCCAGAAUACCAGCCAAGAAACAUGUGUUCUGCAGAUAGUGCACCCGGGGACACCCAGGUUGUCUCCCAGUCCGUGUUUGACAGCCUCCUUGGACGGAAUAGGGACCCUCAGAAUCAAGACAAUGGGUACAGAAAUGUGGAUGAUGUGGAUAUAAUGGCCAAUAAUGAGACGCUUGUGACAUUACAUGAGGGGGAUGCCGGCCAUAUCGAUCUCCUUGCCGGUUUUGACGAUACUACACAUCCUGAUGCGAAUCAGUCCGAGACCCAUGAAGACAACAGCAGCUAUAGGUUAGGAGAGUCGUCUCCAUUGCAUCUUCAACCGGAUAUUUUUCCCGAGUCCCAACGGUUCAUGAAAACUACUCCGGCCACCGCGCUGAAGCAGAGGAACUUUGAUGAACUGGACAUGGUUACUCCUUCCUCGAGGAAUCCCCUUCCAUCUGAUACUGUGCCAAGCGCCGGCAUUAUGGCAUUGAGUCAGUUAUUCCGGUCGACUCAGGCGCCAUCGUCUCCAUUGCCGAACUGUUUGCAAUCUGAUCCCAUGUCCGACCGGCCCUCGCCGGCUAUUCCCGUUCACAAUCCCUCACUUGCUGAUACUUUUUCGUCACCGUCUAUGCGUCGGUUAUCAUCUUCUCAUCGGAAAUUAUCUGAACCGCAAGCGAAUUACGUGACAAUGAAAGAGUCCCAGGCAGAACGGAACAAGAUUAUAGGAGAACGGAUGACGCGCUCGGUCAGUGAUAUACGCUUUGAUGAACAGAGUGACGACGAAUUUAGCCGAGAACCGAGCUUUACAGAGCGCCAGUACCACCUGAGGAUGAUCGACGAGGAAACGAGUACACAGAUUGCUGAAAUAACAGCUCCAGCUCGACUUUCAUCAAAGUGGCGAGAAAGACAGCUUCAGGAGCAUAGGACAUCGGCGAACGAACACGUGCAUACCGAGGAGCUACAGGGGCCUAACGAGGUGUUUCAGGAAGGUGGGACAAGCGAGGAGGAAACAGAACAAGAGGACGAUAUAGAGCCACAGGUACUACCGUCUCAAGAACUCCUGGUAUCGAGCGAGGAGGACAAGGAGAAUUACAGUGGGCUGUCUCUAUCCGCUCUGAGCAAUGCGACUAGUGCCCAUGGCCGUCUCUCCCAAGUCCUUGGUCUGGGUGAUAGCCCACCUCGUAAUACGCAACCGACUACGGAGCCGAACGUGCUUGUGCGGCACUCUCGCCAUUCCAGUCAGACUAACCAAGUCGAAGAGCACGGAACCUCGUCUCAAAUUAUUGUGAGAGACUCCCAGCAACCUGCAGAGCAGAGAGAUGAAGAAAAUGAGGGCGACUUGAGUACGGCGGAAGGGGAAUUUGUUCAAAACACGUCCCAAGGUCGGAACUCGCCCCUACAUGCGGACUCUUCACCAAGAUUGGAUAAGGUUGCAUCAUCUUCUGUGCAAGAGCCUUUGAUGCAAUCAUCUCCUCCCUCAAAAUACCAACAAGCCCAAAACCCGUCGUCAUCCGAUCAGCAUUAUCUGUCAACGAGAGAUCACCACUUUAGUCAAAAUCGCUCAGCCUCGCCUAGUUCUCAUAUUUCGUCUACCCAGCUCCCAAGGGAUACCGCGAACCAUGCCUGCCCAGAUCUAAAUCUUUCUAGACUAGCUAACGAACCUAGUCAAAGGAUUACUGACAUCUUAGAACGGGGAUCAAGGUUUGAAGGACGAGACAAGUCGUCUUCUAUGCCGUCUCGCGUUUCCGAGACUCCUGUUCAUCUGUGCCAGGCGGUUCUUGGAGAUGUAACAAAUACCACAGCCAUUCCAGAGACGAGCCCGAGACUUCGCAAUAGAGUUUGGGCGAAGGACCCAAAUGGCGAGAUGUUAAACCGGGAAGAUGACGGCUUACCUCCUGUUUUCGCGGCCCACGGUCGGGCAAGUCUCUCCCAACCAUCCAGUUCACGGGACCUGUCACCUUCGAAGAACCUCUCUUACCCAAAAUUGCUCUCCAGUCCCAGCGGAAGGCAACGAAGGACAUUGACCCAAAUUGCCGCGGAUGUCUCCCCUCAAAUUGGACCUAGUCAAUUCGACGUAGAUGUUGGGCUCUUCACUGCCGAAGACCGAGAGUUCAGGGCUUUGGUUGGAAUGUCGCCUACUCCACCAAAGAAGCGACGUCGUGGGAACACAAGACUAAGCACUCUUGCCUCUGAUCCGGUACUCCCUGUUACUUCUCGCCUGGCCUCUCCUCAAUUUGUAAGUCAUGCUUUUGAGGAUGAAGUGGCCCCUGCCGAACAGCGUUCGAGAGCACCGGUGGAUAGGGCCGAAGAAUCUUUUCGGGACCGUGCAAAACUCACUCAGAGGGACACGGUUUGGGAGGUCGAGCCCUCACCACCACACAAUGUUCCACGGAUGCCGCGGUUUAAACGGCAUGUUGAAUCAAGCCCUCUGAAGCAGCAAUCUGCCCAAGUUGAACGACUUGAGGAACACAGAGUUCCGCCCCCGGUGACGACCUGCAGUAAUGGCAAUGAUGAGUCUACAAGACCCGAAGAAAUUGCAGAUCAGAAUUACCAGGGAGCACAUGGUGAUUAUAUUACCGAAAAUAUCCAACCAACUUCGGCUUCUCAGAUUGCUCCCAGCCAAGUUCUUGCCGCUUGGAGAGGACAGAAACGAGCGUAUUAUCCUGCAACCUGUUUUGGGAGACCAGUCGGAACGUCACAAACACGGUACCUGGUCAAAUUCGAGGAUAGUGACCCUGUUGAGGUUCCAAUAGGUGCUGUUAAGCGGCUUGAGCUACGUGUCGAUGAUGCUGUGAAAGUUGACAUGCCCGAUGUCCCAAAGGUGACUCACAUCGUUCGAGGCUUUGCGGACAAGCUCAGUGCGGAAGAAAUUAGCAAAGGGCUGGCUGAAGGAUUGCCGCCCAUGACGGAUGUCUAUGGGCAUUGCACUGUCAUAUUGGGACCUAAGCAACGCAGAAGUCUCCCGAACGGAGGCGUGGUAGCUCCUGGCAGUAUUGCUAGAGUGCCAAUUUCUAGAAUAUAUCUGGAUACAAUAUUGUGGAACCAGCUGAAAGGACGCGGCUUCACUGUCAGUUCUGAGACAGCUCUGUCGGAGAGCAAGAGCAGACUUGAAACACCUUCCGACGGACACUCCACCCCAGCAACACCAAGCACUCGACUAUCCCGUAGCAUCAACUACUUUCGAGGCAUUUUUGCUGGCAUGGUGUUUGCGGUGUCGUUCUUGGAAAAUGAAGAUGCCAAAACUCAUACGACUAGAUUGAUCCUGGAGAACGACGGACACAUCUUGAAAGAAGGUUUCAAUGAGCUAUUUGAAUUUCCCUCCAGUGUUCCGCUGGCGGACCCUUCAAAGACACGCGAUCCCAAUGAAACGGAUAGCGAGGGGAACUUCCGGCUCACGUCUAUUGCGGAGGAAGUGGGAUUUGCCUGCGUAAUUGCAGACAAGCACUCACGCCGCGAAAAGUACAUGCAAGCUCUAGCACUCAAUAUCCCCUGCCUUUCAUGGCGUUGGAUAGAAGAUUGCGUCGCUCAAAAUCGUAUUUUAGACUGGGGGAUGUACCUUCUCCCUGCCGGAGAAUCGAUGUAUCUUGACGGGGCCACAAAGUCGAGAAUUCUUCCACCAAAUCCUGCAUCCAUCACACGCCUGUCGGAAACUAUUUCUGCUCGGCCGAUGUUGUUCAAAGGGCAGUCUGUUCUUCUGGUUAUGGGUCGCGGGAGGGCUGAGGAAAAGAGGAAGGCCUACAUUUUCUUGACAUACGCGUUGGGAGCUUCUAAGGUUGAGCGCGUUUUUGAUCUGAAGGCAGCCAAGGCUCUUCUCGAUCAACAAGCAAACUCGCCCUCUCGUCCUAACUGGGACAUAAUCUGUGUUGAUGAUUCUGAGCAAGCUGCUGCACGCAGUUUGCUACUUGGGACUCCUCAUGCUUCUGACAAGCCAUUGGCUGCACGUUCAGGGAAGAAACGGAAGAAAUCAGACCUGAUGGGCUCGGUCAAUGUUAACGUCAACGUCGGCGGCGAUCCUAGCCCUACGAAGAGAAUAAGAGUCGCCGGAAACGAAUUCAUCUGUCAGAGUUUAAUUCUGGGGAAGAUGUUUGAUUCAUAAUUGUUCUUUUAUCCUUUGUGUAUCUUUUCAACGAUCUGAGAGUCAUGUUAACGAUGAUCAUGGUGUGGAUAUUCGGUGCCUCAGGAUAGCUUAUUCUGGAGCUUUAUGUGUAAAAUGAAGAUACCCUUGCUUAUAUCGAG